UUUCGUUUUGCAUGCAACAUAAGCUGCAGUAGCUGUUACGUAAUGAAAUUUCUGUUAUUUUUGUGGCUCAGUUAAUUCGCGUUUCGUGGAGACUUUCGUGGAGAUUAACAAGAUACUAUAGCUCUAAAACCUAAGAAACCAUCGCAAUUUUCCAUUGAAAUUUACCAAUAAUUAUCGGUUUCUCAACGGUUUUUGUGCUCCCACUGCCAUCAAAAAUUGCGGCCCUUGUGGGAAAACACAUCCGUCAUAGGUCAUAUAGUUGUCAUAUUGUGCAUUACCGUGCAUUACGGACAAGGUGACUGUAUAAUUGAAGAUAUGGUAAUUUUAAUUUAUGUCUCAAGGACAAUACCACUAACUGUGUAAAACUGUUCGCUCACGUACGUUAAUUUUAUUGAUGUAUGUGUCGGAGCAGGCGAUCUAUUACGUUGGUUAAGUGCUCCUUAUCUUUGUCCCAAUAAAAGUACCGCCGGCUAAUCUUUAUUGUUCGAUGUGAUGUGCGCAGAUAAUCAUUGCGCCAAAGCGUCAUCGGCGUUUCUGUUUUUUAUUACUUAUAACAGAUCUCAAACCAUCUUUAUGUCGAGAUGCUGUAUGCAGAAAAACUUGACUAUAUGACUGAUUCGCUGUAGCUAAUCUCCAAAUGUCUGUGGAUUGUAAUAUUUGGCUACAUAGUUAUACAUAGUAUAAUUUACUUUUUGUGGUGAAAAUUUACGUAUGGAUAUACUACAAGAAAAAUUUGGUUUUUCCUGACUGCAAUAAUUUGUUGGUUAAUGAAAUGUUAAGCCCAAAAGAUGUUGUGGAGCAAAGUUCCAAAAGAGAUGUCCCUCCGGCAUCUCCAGUAUGGCGUUUUCCGGCUAACCUUAUGUCCGCUUCUCCAUCUUUGCCACGGAAGGAAACGACGAUCGAACAAGGCGACAAUUCUAUCGCAGUUGUGGCACCGGUGACGGAGCGCUGCUGCAACCAGCACAUGUGUAAUAUCAUUCUGCUCGGAUUGGGAUUCUUUUUUUGUAUGGGAUCCUUUUUCACCUGCAUGUUCUCUCAGACAGUUGUGCUGAACAGCGUUCAUGAUGAGUAUUUUGAGGGAACACCGACAAUGGGAUACGUUUGUUUGGCCAUCAGUUUCGCGGCCAUGACCGUAUCUUUUGUGUUGUCCCCUGCACUGUCCGCAGUUAUGGGACCAAAAACUUCAAUGGUUAUUGGAGCAGGGUUUCUCACGCUUUCAAUUGGAGUGUUUUUGCGCCCGUUGGAAAUUACUUUAUACAUGGGAUCACUGGCACAAGGCAUUGGUGCAGGAAUAAUGUGGACGGUUUAUGGGCAUUUCUUAACGGCAAAUUCUACUGCUAAAACUAUAGGAAGGAAUACCGGCAUUUUUUGGAUGUUGUUCCAGGCAGGACCCGUUUGUGGAAAUUUGUUUUACUUCGUCCUGACGAAUAACGCAUCAUCCAUAACAGACACCACCCGUUACAUCCUGUUUUCCGUUCUCUUACCAGCAUCUUCUCUGGGUAUAUUUACAUUGUCCCUGCUACGUCAUCCAUGGGUACACGAUACUUUGAGCGUCAAGACGUGUGACCAGUCGGAAGAAAAAGAGGAGCGAUUAACGUUCGGUCAAGCUUUGCAAGGGGAACUGAAAAUGGCCAUGUCGAAGGAAAUGCUCCUCUUAACGCCGAUGUUCGUAUAUAUGGGCAUCGAAUUGACCUUCUGGAUGAAUGUAUAUGGAACUUCUCUGGGAUACACCUUCAGUUUUGGAUCUGUUCGGGAAGCGUUAGUUGGACUAAACGGGAUGUUUAUUGGAUUUGGUCAAAUUACCGGUGGGUUUUGCUACGGACUUCUCGGGGGAUUUUUACGACGGAACGGGCGUGAUGUCGGCGUAUUGCUGGCAUUUGUUACUCAUCUUGUUGCGUUUUAUAUUGCGUUUUUAAUUUUGCCGGAACGAUCGGCGUUGGAAAUGACUGCUGCUCGUGGCCAUAUUGCAGCCAGCCCCUACAUUGCCCUCGUUUGCUCGUUUCUUUUAGGAUUUGGGGAUGCCGGGUGGAAUAAUCCAUUAUUCGCUUUAUUCGGAUCUUUAUAUCCCAAAGAUCCCGUGUCGGCUUUUGCAAUUUUUCAGGCGUAUCAGUCUUUCGGAAAUGUGAUAAGCUUCGCGUAUUCCACUACACUCAUUGUUCCUUAUCAGCUGGGAAUUAUGGUCAUUACAGCCGUAUUGGGCUUGUUUGGUUACUGCUUUGUGGAAUGGAAACUGGCAUCGGACGAAGCUAAACUCGCAAUGAUGAAAAAGAAAUUGGCUGAACAAAUGAUUGCCUUUCAGCUGAGCGAUCCAAAGCCAUGGAGUUCAAAAGAAGCUCAAAUUAUUAGCAAUGUGCUCUCCAGUAAUAAGUGAUAUGAACAAUAAUUGUGAAAAAAUUUUUAACUAUAACUGAUUUCGUGUUAAUUAUGAAGUUCAGUUAAAAAUUAAGCUGAAACAAGACAGUUCCUUUAUACAUAUGUCGAUCAGGUACCGGUUCUGUAAAAUUUUUAUGUACUCACAACACUGCAACCACGGUCUGCGCGCUGAAAACUGGGACCAAAGCAACAAGUGCAGUGAAAACCCGAAAAAAUAAAAACUGG